AGCCCAAUUGGUUCAGUAGAACGGUACAUAUCAAGGUGAUCUGGGCAGCCACGCGUUUUCGUUGUUGUUGUUCAGAAAGCAGGCGAUGUCAACACUCAGAUCCGUCCUCAUCGCUGGACUUUUAGCGGUAACAGUGCAAUAUGUUAUCCGGCAUUAUUUCUACAUGCAAUAUGACAAGUAUGACGUCAUGUAUCGACACGCUCCUGGUCCAUGUGUAUCACUAGAGGGCGCGGAUGGUGGAUCAGAAGAUCUUACCAUUCUUCCUAGUGGGCUAGCGUUGAUAUCAUCUGGGAUAUAUCCCAAUAAGCAGGGCCGUAUCCUCCUACUAGAUAUGAACGAAUCGUCCCCGACAGUGACAGAGGCACAGAUCAGAGGAACUGGUCUGGACAUGGCUACAUUCAACCCACAUGGCCUUAGCACGUGGAUUAACCCUAAUACAGGGGAGAUAACUUUGAUGGUGAUAAACCAUGUCCCAGGAGAGGAGAGGGUGGAGGUGUUUCGGUACCAAUGCGAUUCAAAAUCCUUAGUGCAUCUUAAGUCGAUAACAAGUUCGCUAUGGGGCAAAUACUUCACUUUUCGAAAGCCCCUGUUGAGGAAGAUUGAACACGACCUUAUGCUACCCUUAGGAGAGGUCAUGUUCUAUGAUGGCGUCAGUGCCCGUAGCGUCGCCAAAGGUCUACUCAUACCAAAUGGCAUAAACAAGUCCCCGGACGGUAGGUUUCUGUAUGUUGCUAAUAGCGGCACCUCCCAGGUGAAGUCGUACGAAAUUUUGGAUAACAAUGAUAUCAAAUUCAUGGAGAACAUAUUUCUUGACACGACCUUGGAUAACAUAGAGGUGGACAGACAGAGUGGAGACCUUUGGAUCGGGUGUCAUCCUCGCUACCACCAAAUCAUCAAACACGACGCUCAGUACGGGGGCACCAUCACUCCGUCACAGAAAACUGAGGCCAUAACCUUACCAGCUAAAGAACAACAGUCUUUGCCUUCUUUGGCAGAGAAGAGCCAGAUCCUGAAGCUGGCGACCUCUGGUGGUCGUUUUACUGACGUGGUGGAGGUAUAUCUUGAUCCUGGCACAAAAAUGACGGGCUCCACUGCUGCUUCUAUAUACAAAGGGCGAAUGUUAGGUGGCACCUUGGCAACACAACUCAUGCUCUGUGACGUCAUUUAUACCGACUGAUCUGGCUGACAUCGAUCAAGAUAUACACGUAUUGGCCGGUAACAGUGUAGCAACAAGUGGUUUAUCAUAAAAGUAACAACCAAGUGUUGGAUAUGUGAACAAACUGGCUCAUCGCACAAAACAUAUGGGUAUAUGAUUAUAUUAGUAAGCUUCAAUACAGAUGGAAUUUUAAUAAAGUGUCUAAGAAAGUUAUGUGUUUGAGAUGUGUGCAAAUCAGCAUCAGAAAGUGAUAAUAUACA